GUGUGAGAUGAACAGUGAGGAGGGAGGAGGCAGAGGGUGAUCAUUCGGUCCAACACUCAGCAGCAUCAUGGCACCUAUCGGAUUAAAGGCGGUGGUCGGUGAAAAGAUUAUGAAUGAUGUUAUCAAGAAGGUGAAGAAGAAGGGAGAAUGGAAGGCACUGAUUGUGGACCAGCUGAGCAUGAGGAUGUUGUCGUCCUGCUGCAAGAUGACGGACAUCAUGACAGAGGGCAUCACCAUUGUGGAGGACAUCAACAAACGGCGAGAGCCUCUCCCCAGCCUGGAGGCCAUUUACCUGAUUACACCCACAGAGAAGUCCGUCCACACCCUCAUCGGAGACUUCAAAGACCCCCAUUCAGCAAAAUACAAGGCAGCCCAUGUUUUCUUCACUGACUCUUGCCCUGAUCCUCUCUUCAAUGAGCUGGUUAAGAGCCGAGCUUCCAAAACCACCAAGACUCUAACGGAGAUCAACAUCGCCUUUUUGCCCUAUGAGUCUCAGGUGUACUCUCUGGACAAUCCAGAUGCCUUUCACAGUUUCUACAGCCCUCAUAAGACCCAGCUGAAGAACCCAGUUAUGGAGAGGCUUGCUGAGCAGUUGGCCACGCUCUGUGCCACCCUGAAGGAGUACCCUGCUGUCAGAUACCGAGGAGACUAUAAGGACAAUGCCACCCUGGCCCAGUUGGUUCAGGACAAACUGGAUGCCUACAAGGCUGAUGAUCCCACCAUGGGGGAGGGUCCAGAUAAAGCUCGCUCACAGCUCAUCAUCCUAGACAGGGCCUUUGACCCCGUGUCACCUGUCCUACAUGAACUCACCUUCCAGGCCAUGGGCUAUGACCUGCUGCCCAUCGAAAAUGAUGUCUACACAUAUGAGACCAGUGGCAUGGGAGACUCUCGUGUGAAAGAGGUCCUUCUGCAUGAAGACGAUGACCUGUGGGUGAGCCUGCGACACAAACACAUAGCUGAGGUGUCCCAGGAAGUGACACGCCAGCUUAAGGACUUCUCUGCCAGCAAGAGGAUGAACACAGGAGAGAAGACCACAAUGAGGGACCUGUCCCAGAUGCUGAAGAAGAUGCCUCAGUACCAGAAGGAGCUCAGCAAGUACUCCACUCACCUGCAGCUGGCUGAGGACUGUAUGAAGCAUUACCAAGGAACAGUGGACAAGCUGUGCCGUGUGGAACAGGAUUUGGCUAUGGGCACAGACGCUGAGGGAGAGAAGAUCAAGGAUCCCAUGAGAGCCAUUGUGCCCAUCCUACUGGAUGCCAAUGUCAGCACAUACGACAAGAUCCGCAUCAUCCUGCUGUACAUCUUCCUCAAGAAUGGCAUAACGGAGGAGAACCUGAACAAGCUGAUCCAGCACGCUCAGAUCCCGCCUGAGGACAGUGAGAUUAUCACCAACAUGGCUCAUCUGGGCGUCCCCAUCGUCACAGAUUCCACCCUCCGCAGGGGGAAGAAGCUGGACAGGAAGGAGCGUGUGAGUGAGCAGACCUAUCAGCUGUCCCGCUGGACACCACUGGUCAAGGACAUCAUGGAGGAUGCUAUUGAUGAUAAGCUGGACACCAAGCACUACCCUUACAUCUCCACCCGCUCCUCUGCCUCCUUCAGCACCACUGCAGUCAGUGCUCGGUAUGGACACUGGCACAAGAACAAGACACCUGGAGAGUACCGCACAGGCCCACGGGUCAUGGUCUUUAUUAUCGGCGGCGUGUCCUUCAGUGAGAUGCGCUGCGCCUACGAAGUCACACAGGCUAAUGGGAAGUGGGAAGCCAUCAUUGGUUCCACCCACUUGCUCACCCCAACCAAAUUCUUAGCGGACCUGCAGCACCCCGACUUCCGAGAGUCCACUAGGGUGUCCUUUGAGGACGCAGACGCCUCAGCCGAGUGAGGCAGAGACAGAUUGGGAGGGAGGGAGAGAAAUCUCACAGAAAAAAGAUCAACCCACAUCUUCACUCCCACCAGCCUGCUGGAGCAGCUCAAGGCCAUGAACAAACCAGAUGAGGAAGUGACAAGCUAAAAUCCUCCAAUCACAUUUCUCUCAUCAUAUCCUCAUCGCCCCGCCCACACAUAUUACCUCCAUAUCCUACCCAACCAAAUCCAAUCCAUCAAUUGUGUAUGCAUCUUGCUUGAGAAAAAAGACAUCUUAGAUGAUAAAAAAAAUAAAUGUUAUAUGAGAGAAAAUCGUUCAAAGUAUUCACGUUUUACAAUGGAUGCAACUAAAUAAACUUAUUUAAAAAGGAUUAAAUAUCAGAACAGAAGGCCAUUUAAAAUGGAAAGUAACAAAAUGUCAUGUUGUAUGCUUUGAACCCUGCUAGAGUAAGUAAAGGAUAAACAUGUUCUCAUUUUUUUCCCUACUUUGGGUAACCUAUGGUGUGAAUUUUACUGGAGGCAGGUGGAGGGGGGAUGUGCACUUCAAGGGGUCCACAUUGUAAAAUAUUAUCAGUCAUCAUGCAAUAUAUGUGCACAUAGACUUCAUCAAUGAGGAGCUCCACCGUGCCAUUUGAGAUGUUAUUAUUCAGUAGCAUGCUUGGACUUGUGUGAAUUGUUCUGUGUUUGUAUAAAGUGUGGGUGUACUUAGCACAGGAGUUAGCAUUUAGCUAUUUCCUAAAAUGUUGAGGUUGAAUACUCCACCAGAAAAAUUUGUUUUGAGUAUCAAAAAGUAGAAAGGCCUGCUUAGAAACUUUUCUAAUCAUUUAUUUGCUACCCUAUGCAUUCUCCGUGACUAAAUAAAAGCAUCAUAGCUUUACUGAAAUCUAAGUUAGCGUAGUUUGCAAAUUAGCUUGAGAGAUGGGCAUGGCUUUGCCUUGCGGUUAGCUUGCUAAGCUAACUUCCCAAAGAUGGUCUUUCAAGCAUUUUGUGAUGCAAAUGUUACUGUUUUGACAUGCUAAGCACAUAAUUGGACAAGCGAGGACAACAAUGCAACAUAAAUGGACUUUAGAAGUUUAUAUGGAUGAUUAAAUAGAUUUUAUUAAAGUUGAACCAUCAUGUUGCUGCUGCUCUCUGCCUAUGUUUUCUCUAGUUUGUUAAAGUUUGAUACUCAAAACAAGUUUUUGGUUCAAGUAUUCAGUUAAACGACUGAAUGAGCAGACGAGGAAAAUAAGAGAAAUUCUGUAAAAGCUAAAAUCCUCCCUCCUCUGGCUGCCCUGACUGUAUAUUCUUGCAACAACCUUUUUCCAUUCUUGGAAGGACUUCACGUUUCAAUGUUUAAAAGGCCAUUGCUUGCUGAUAUGUAAUGAAUAAUAUUAAAAAGGGCCAGUUGUAUUUCAGUAUUGUAUCUUGUCAGAUUAAGUCUCAUUAUUGGUUAGUAAUGUUUAAUUGGGCCAUGCACUGAGUAGUGUUGUGUACGCCAUAUGUUGCUGUUUUAGCGUCUUACUGUUGAAUGGUGAUUUUUCUGACUGUGCUGUAGUGAUACUUUUCCUUUAAAAUGCCAAUGUGAAGCCGCCAUGUUUGUGAUGUUUUAGCUGUAGCUGUUAGUGGUCUACUGGGAAAAAUAUCAAUAUUUUCUUUGUCUGUUUCCUCCUCUGGUACAAUGUAAAACCCUUCAGUGGUGAAUGGCUUUGCAAAGAAAAAAAACAAAAACAAAACAAAACCAAACCUAGAUCCACUUCACUUUUAUUUCCUUCCACCUCAGCGUCUCUCCUGGCCAAAGUUUGCACUAUAAUGCGUUUUCUGUGAUGCAAAUGCUUGAGUUUGUUUUUUAAAUUAUAAUUUGCUGUUGUAUAGGGUUUGUCAAAUCAGUUGAUUUAUAUCAAGAUUAUUUAUCAAAGAAAAAUAAUAUUGAAAUAUUAGUGUCCUACAACUGUCUCACUUAUUGGGAUUGUAUGUUUGCGAGUGUUGAAGCACAAACAGUACUUCCAUGUGUACCUACUAUGAACCAAGGCUGUCUAAUAAAUUGGCUUCCAUUAUA